UUCUGUUCACCUGAUUGUAAUUAGCACAAGACCACUGCAGCUUUAAAAAAAUAAUGUAGCUGGCAUGUUUUACUGUAUCAUAAAACUGUGGGCUGCGUUUAUAUCUAACGGUUUAGUUGUGCCAAGAAGCGCUUUCGCAAUUGGCUGCUAGUUAGCUUAGCAUUUGGAACAUUUAGCAAGUGAUUAGCAGCUGGUUAGUAGCUGGUUUAGCUAGCUACUUCACAGGAGACAAAACUUUGAUUUAACUACUCAAGUUAACGCGUGAGCAGAGUUUGUAAAAAUGGACAAAAUUACUAAAGAUGUGGGUGAUAUUCAGUCCCGGCUGUUUGACCACAGACCAGUCAUCAAUGCAGAGAUCCACUACUUUGUGAGAGAGUUUGAGGAAAAACGUGGACACAGGGAGAGCAGACUGCUGGAGAACCUCAAUAAAAUGGUCCCGGAAGCAAAUGAGCAAAUGCUGCCCACGGAUUUAGAGGGCAUGCUGUCUGAUGUUGUUAAACGGUUGGAGGCUGCCAAUCACAUGGCAGAAAGAGUCCAGCAGAGGGAGCUAGAGGCACAGCAGAGCACCCAGCUGCAGGGGAACAUGGAGCGUUUGAAAGACGAGUGGGCAGAUUUUCUGAAGGAGCAGCAGAGGUUAAAGGAGGAGGUGGAUGAGGAGCACGCCAAGGCUGUAGGACAACUCAGCACACAGUACAGUGAGAAGAAGAAAGACUUGGCCAAAUUUUCACCCCUCUAAUCAGUUGAAGGACUGUGCGCGGGUGUGAGUGAACAAACCUUUUUUAUUACGUACUUGUGUUUGUUACGGACAUGGACGUCUGUCCUACUAAUCGAAGCUCUUGGCUUUGAUUGAUGAACUUGGUUGGCAUAGAGGUCUUGAGCCUGCACUAGAGCCAACACUUUCCAAAUCAUAACUAUGAAAGUGUGAUUAACGGUGUGGCAUUUCACAGGCCAUCAGGCUCAAACGUUUCUCACUUUCGCACAUGGAAUUUUCACAGCAUGUUUACGGGCUGGAAUAUGUCAUUUUUAAACAAGCAAUCAUUCGAUUGUUCCUUGGCUGUGAAGUUUUCAACAUUUCAAGAUUUUUAAUGGAUGCUUGCCUGAAGGGUGCUGAUGAUGAAUUUGCGUCAGCCUCCGGUUGAAAGGAACCUGGUGUUUGGCAUCAAGGCAAGAUACUCAAAGCACUGAAAGCCAGAACAUUAAAUGUUAGCAAAGCCCUUCUGAGCAGGUGUGUUUAAAGCAUGGGUCAAGUGUUGUAGAAACCAGCUUAAACAAAACUGUUUCCAGAACAAAUCGUCCCUCAGCAGCUCUCUUGUGUUUGGAACAUUUGACCUCUGACAUUAGCCUCAAGUAAACCAACUGUCUAUGAAGUAAUUUUAAUAAUGAAAGGCCGUUGCUGAAACCAGUUUUAAUGAUCAGCAACAGCUGUUUUUUGUUUGUUUUGCCCCCACCAAUUUGAUUUCAAUGAGUCAUAAAUCUAAUAUUUUUAUUUCUGUUUAAACAGAAAAAUAUCAGAUUUUCAUCUCCUGGUUUUCAUCUCUUUCUGGUUAUGCAUAUAUAAAAUAGAGUGCUAAAAAUACAAAGAAUGAUAAACACAAACGCCAUGUGUUCCUUUCUGUUUUACAUUUUCUGUUUAUUAGAUUAAUUGAACACAGCAGCAGAUGCUAUGGAUAUAAAAACCUGUUAAAGGUCCAAUGUUAGGGAUUUGGCAUGUUUUCUUAAGUGUUUAAUCACCAUCAUCACCAAACAUCAUUGUGUUUUCAUGACCUUAGAAUUAGCCAUUUAUAUCUACAUAGGGAGCGGGUCCUCUUCUACAGAGAUCGCCAUCUUGCACAUCCCUGUCCAUUUGUUUUGUUGAGGAGCAGGUCUCUGCAGAUAAUUCAGCUCCUUAGAUGUCCAGGAGUUAAAAACGUCCUGGACAUCUGGAUCUGAAGUUAUCGGAGGAAAAAAAGUAUGUCACAUUAGCAGAUUCUGGCCAGUCUCUGACAUGCCAAAUGACAGUGGAGAAAUUCUGAUUUUUAAUGUGACACUGCUUUAUUGAGUGUUCCUACUGGUUUCAAUCACCGGUUUCUUAGUUUUGCAGAGGAAGAAACCUCUGUGGAUAACUCAGCUCCCUGCAGUCCUCACCAAUAGAUGCCACUAAAUCCCCCUAAAUCUUACACACUGAUCCUUUAUAUUUAUCAAAGGUUUACAGUAAAUACACAGUAAUAUGUACAAGUUACAUUAUGAAUUACAAAAGAAGUGAAAUCAUCUGUGUGGCUCUUGACCCUGAAGCGGAGAAUCUCUGAGGUUAAUAUUAGACUCGCAGCACAUUUAAUGAAUUGUUUUGAUUUUGCUUCAGACAAUAGUGGGCCGUUGGGCAGGUUAAUGGAUGGGUGGGCACACUGGGCACAUUCCUGGCAUGGCUGAGAACACAGUUCAUCUCGCACAACGUAACUGAACAAAUAUUUUGGAAACCCCCUUCACACCUCUACCACACACUCCCUUAAACUGCCCAGACAUCUCCAAUGUCCAAUGUUACAUCUGAAGAAACAGGUUUGGACUUCAGUAAUAGCUGAAUAAAAAAGAAAAAUGAGAAUUAAACAAAACAAUCCAGCAGUGGAGUCCCUUCACUGUAUGACAACACUGCUGAAGUGAACUCGGCUCUGUAUCCCCUUUCUCAGAAGCUGCAGCUUUUUUUCCAUUUGGCUAGCAGUGACCUGUCGCCCCAGCUCUCGUGCAAAACCACCCUCUGGUCGCUCUGCCUGUGACUGUGCAUGCAUGUGUGUGUAUGAGUUGGUGAUGGCUGGCGUCAGAGAUCAGAGAGGACACAGACAUGGCAGCAGAUGUUCGUCUGCAUAUGUAUGUGUGUGUGUGCGCAUGCCUUCCCUCCGCCUCGGUGACUGCAGCUGUCCAGCUUGGAGACAGCUCAUCAUCGGCUAACGAGGAGCGACAAUACGGAAACGCGGCCCACCUCUGCCAGCAAGGCACCUUUUCAUCUGCCCUUGUUUAUUUUUUUGGUGUCAUUGGAAUGAAAGAAAAACAGUCAGAGUACACGAAAGGUCAGCGUUAAAGUCAUAUGAGUGUUAGCUAUUCAUGAGUGAAGUCAUAAGCUUACAGUAAGUACUUGUUGGACCUGAUAAGUACAGGAUUUAUACCUGUUAGAAUUAGUUCUGACGCCGCUGUGUAAUGUCAGGUUUUGAAAAAAAAACUCUUGUGAACUGAGUAAGCCCAGGGAACACGUAAAAGUGAUUCUUCCAGGAUUUAACACAAGGCAAAUACGUGCACAUGUAGAUCUAGACAUUUCUCUGGUCGAUGCCAGGUCUGCUCUUUGCCGGUUCAAAUCCACAAAACCAGAAAAUACGACCAGCCUGAGGCUGUGUGGGAAAGCUCUCAGGUCAGAAUAACCCUCCACCAUCUUUUAUUGCAUUACAAGGCCAUUGCUGUCAAUAAUAACAUGCACUCAGCCAAACUAAAUUGACAUUAAGCAAUCUGGGAUUUAGAUCAACGCCUGUUUGCGAAUGAGGGUUUGCAACAACAACAGGUUUCGACAUUCACAGGAAUUUGGUUUUAUGUUAAAGCGCAGACUGAAAGGUCAAUAAAUCCAGAAAUCUCAGCACCUGGUCAAGUAAUUGUUGAGUAACUUGUGUUUAUCAGCAACACUAUCAGUGCUGUGUUCAAUGGGAAACAGGAAAAGCACCGUAACAUUAGAGCUUUCUUACAUUUUUAGUGAAUCUGGUCUAUCUGGAAAGAUACCCAUCAAACUGUCAAGCAUCCCAUGAACUCAGGUUGCUGGCACAGACACUUUCCCUCCACACCGACCUGUAAGACAACUCUGUGUGCAGAUAUUGGGCACCGGCUGAAAUCUCCUGUUAUCAUCCUCCUCAGCCUGCUGCCUCAAGCCUCUGGACCCUCGUUGGUUUGUUUUUUGUCUCCAGUGUGCAUCAGAGAGCAGCGUGCUCUUCCUGUUUUGAAGGGAGAGCAGUGCUCUCGGGCCACGGAGCUGCCGUUCCCUGUGCCAACACAAAUGGUGAAGGAAACAGCAGCACCCAGCUGGAGCUCCACAGGGCAACAGACAGAGAUAAGGGGUGUGUUAGUAAAUGCAAUCUGAUGCUCAGUCUGAAAAAGAGCUUUCCGUGUCCACUGGAAAAGGUUGAAAUGUAACCCAGGCAUGAAAUGUGAAAUUGAAUCAAGACAUUUAGUGAAAAACAGGAUCUGACUUUAGUAGCUCAUGCUGGAUUGAGAGCAUGUAGAGAAGUAUUGAAGCUUAGCUUUAAUGACAGAAGAAAAUCAGUUUCAUCAACCCACAUUACUCUGCACUAAAUUUGGACAUACCUAAACAUCUGCUUGUAACAGUGACCAAAUCUCAACAUGUCAAUAAAACAAUUUUUGAUACUAAAAAUAUACAUA